AUGGCCUCGCAGACAAUGAUAGCAGCCUCGUCGGAGAGCAGGGAAGGGUCCCAAGACACCCAGCUGAUCCGCGAGGCUCUAUGCGCCGAGUUAGGCGUGCCAUCGUGUACAGGCUCUUCAGUUCCACGACUUUCCCUGACAUGCUCCGAGCAAGACCGUGAUCGCAGCCGCGGCCACGACCCCAGACGCUCCCAACCGUCGCACCCCAACGAUAGCCGCUCCCAAACUCCCGAACGUUUACCUCCGGCGCGAGACGACAACGCCACUCAUAGAUCCUUUAUCCUCCCCGCCCCGCCACCACCGCCACCCAAGCCGCGUCCGCCAACCAUCAAAUCGCAAUCGACACACGGCCCGUUGAAGCUCAACCUAAUGCAAGGCGUAGAGCAUCGCGACGAUGGCCCGGAAACCCAAUUGCCAGACACCUUACUGCCCGACACCCUCCUACCACCCGCUACUCAAGCGAUAGGCAACGGCAGCGAUGACGGGCCCGCAUCGCUACACUCCCUCGGCUCGCGAAAAGAACCAUCCCAGCAAACGCCAACGCAAGUCAAUGACGGCCGCGACUACGAUAAGGGAUACGAAAUGCCGUCGAGCGAGCACGGCAUUGAUAUGGGCGAUACACAGGCCUCCACCCUCGAAGGCCGAACACUCCACGACGACGACACGGGCGCAGUCAACUUUGGCAGUCUGGCUGACUACCCCCGCCAAUCCUCGCAGGUGUCUGAAGAUGGCGGCUUUGAAAAUGCGCGAGGAGGCUGGCGACUGCCCGACGACACGCAACGCACUUCCAUGCAUGCCGAAACCCCAUACAAGAAUGGCGAAUUGCCUCCUCCAGAGACGCCGGCUUUGCCAAAGAACCCCUUCGCGGCACAAGGCGGCGGCGCUGGAGCCUUCGGGGCUGCACCAGCACCGCUCGGUGGCACGCAGCUGUUUGGGCAGACACAGCUAUUGACGUCGGCAGUUAAGCACAGCCCGACCUCGUCUCGACCGUCGCCGAACCUUUUCAACACCAUGUCCCCCCCGGGCUUUGCAGAGACGUCUCCUCUGAAGAACCGCACCAACGUCUCAUCCCCAACAGACAUCCGGUCGUCGAGCCCUGCCCGCCUCCACGAAGUACCAGCCACUGUGGUGAAAGGGCCUCAUAUGAGCAUGAUAGCCGAAGAAACACCAACAAUGGGCAGGAUUUCCAAGGAGGACAGGGUUUCAGAGUCCCCCACACGUCCUCGAUCCGCCGAACGACAACCGCUCGCCCACUACGAGCCGAUGCAACAGUCGCAGGCGCGCAAAACCAGCAGCGAUUCUGUCAAAGUCGUUCUCUCUUUCGAGCGCGACACGCAUGAUACGGUCGAACAACUAGAAAGACGGCGACGAAUUGAAAGGAAGCGUGCGAGAGCCGGGGAGGAGCUUGAUAAGAUUACUUUUGCCCGACCUGUGAAGAUGAGCGAUCGCGCAGAGGCAAACGGAAAGCGACGCCGACUGGACCAGAACAGCCAGUCCAUCAGCCAUCAACAAGAGCAAGUCUCUACAGAAUCUUCCGCCCCUGCUGCCCUGCCCGGCUCACACGAGCAGUCGCUGGAAUCGACCAAAGCAACACCCGGUGGGGAGGAGAAUGCCGAAGGGAUAACCCUGGACGAGACUGCGGAUAACGGUGCGCAAGAUAAUAUUGUUAGCGACAUCGCCGAAUACGACAUGAUUCCGGCGACAAGCCCGGUGCAAUUGACGCCGGCAGAGGAAGCCAAUCGAGCUGAGACGCCUGCUUCCGAGCCCGAUCUACCUGUUCUGCGUGAGCAGCAUCCUGCGAUUAGUAGCGGCGAGUCAUCAUCACUACCCCCUCUACGCAGCAAACGAAGGACGUAUGGUGGACGGGCAAGGAUUCGUAGGAAUUUGGUUCUAGAUUCCUCCAACUCUCACGCAACGUCGGCUGGGGUGGAGUCCUCAAAGCACGACGCCGCUGAGGAGGAUACGCCAAAUGAAGAAGCAUGCUUUCUCAGUGAGGAAUUGACACCCAUGGCUACUCGAUCUAGAUCAAAGAAUCAGAGUCCUCAAAUGCCAAUGCAACUCAGCGGCAAUGUCACUUCUACAGCAGCCUCCUCCCUGAGUGCCCUCUCCCACACGCCGAACCCGUCAUGCAAGACUACGCCCGCAACUAAGGAAUCCGUUGCGUCGAAAACCGCCGACGCGGACGCGGGACAGGCGCUCACACCAACCAGAAGCCUGCGAAGACGCGCAGUUGAAAAAGACUCGGCCGUACUGCCUCCAACGUUCUCGGCUCGAAGCCUCCGCGCCUCAAAGCGACUGCACAGCCACAGCGAACUGCAGUCCUCUGGCCAGCCACGCACGCCAUCAGAAACUGGUGCUGCCACGACAUUUUCAGAGCGGAUCAGCCUGCGCCUCGAUCCCGUGUACCGCGAGGAGCGUCGUCUAUUUGAAGGGAUGGUCUUUGCCAUAUCUGUAGAUGAACACCGCCGCAAGUUCGAGAGCGGCAUAGUGCAAGCUGGCGGCACUGUUCUGCAAGACGGCUUUCAAGAGCUCUUCCAGGCCUUACCAUCCAUAACCUCGACAGACGGGGCGUCUGACGAUAACGCGGAGCUUGCUCUCUCCCAGGUCGGCGUGGAGAGCGGCUUCACCGCCCUCAUAGCAGACGGGCACUCGAGAAAGGCCAAGUACAUGCAGGCCUUGGCCCUCGGGCUGCCGUGCCUCGCCCAGCAAUGGAUCACUGCCUGUCUCCAAAAGGGUGCGCUCAUCGACUGGCAGCCGUACCUGCUCUGCGCCGGUGCCUCGGCAGUCCUCGGAAACGCGGUGCGGUCCCGCUGUCUGGUGCCGUACCCCGCCGACACGGCCUUGCUUGCCGACACCAUCGACCAGCGGCCGCGACUCCUGCGCGGCCAGAGCGUUCUGGUCGUCAUGGACGGCAAGAAGGCCCGGAGCGAGGCGAAGCAGCCCUACCUGUUCCUGUGCCACGCCCUCGGCGCGGCCAUCACCCGCGUGGCCACUGUCGAGCAGGGGCGCGCCGCGCUCGCAGAGAGUGCCGGCAGCGGCCAUCCAUUUACGUGGCUGUACAUUGACAAGGCGACGGGCACGGCGGAGGCGGUGUUGGCGCGGCCCGCCGUUAAGAGCAAGAAAAAGAAGAGGAAGGCCCCGCCGGCGACGCCUGCGGGAGCCGGUGUACGAGUGCUGCAUGAUGAGUUGAUUGUUCAGAGUCUCAUCUUGGGUCGCAUCGUCGAGCCUGAAGAAGAUUCAUUUUGA